AUGGGAGAUGACGAAGAAAUAAUAAAGGUACCCUUCGAUAGAAAAUUGUUACUUGACAAGGAGAAGUGGGAAUUAUUUAUAUUAACAAUUGAAGCCAUAAACGAAAAUUUAAGAUAUGGAAAGUGGACUCUCGAGAAACAAUAUAACUUGACUUAUUACGACACGGACUUAACUCCUGCUUCGAUCAUAUCGGAAGGAUAUAUUGAUUGUAAUGGUCAUAAUGAAGGAUUGGAAUUUAUCGAAUCAGUUCGUGAUGAUAUACAAGCACUCCAGCUUGAAGAUGCACUUUUAUUCAAAUUCUACACUAUGGUGAUAUUCCCUCUUAUUUUUCCCAUGGCCAUUGACCUAGGCGAAGACUAUCUUGUCGAGGUUAUCAUCGACAAAUGUGUAACCUAUUACAAUGAUAAUUAUACGCCCGAGGUUCUAAGCAUCAUCACGACCUCAUUCACGAAAUUUCAUUAUGCCUAUCCCCAUUAUGCCAAAAAAUUUGUUUCAACAUUAACCAUAUUUCCCAACAAGAGUCAUGAGUUAAAGAUAAGGAAUUCAUAUUUAGAUGCUUAUAUUAAUCCAAUUAUAAUUUCUGUUUACUCAUUAAUUAACAUAUCACAACCAACGUGGAUAAUGCCAAUCUCAUUUUUACUAUUGGACGCAAGGAUGAUAUUUUUUUUGAGACCGCUUGAAUUGUUUGGAAAUUAUAUUGCGAUGAUUCUUAACGUCGCCAAGCGAAUCUUUUCAUUUUUAUUGAUUGUAGCUUUCAUAAUCUUAGCAUAUGCGCAUGCAUUUUACAUACUAUUACGACCAAAUAGCGAAUUUGAUCCCUCUCAACAUUCUUUUGAUGAUGAUCCAAAUAAUCCUUGGAAUUUGGCCUCCACAUUUAGUAACGUUACUUCCGAUAAAGCUUUGGCUGUGUACCAAUUGAUGACUGGUGACACCAAAUCUAUAGAAUCGUGGGAAUUAAAUCAAAACCCAACGCUUGUUAUGUUAUGGAUCUCAUUUUCUUUACUUAUUGUCGUAUUUCUAUUAAAUUUAUUCAUUGGAUUAUUGAGUGAAGCUAUGCAAGAAUAUUCCGAAAUUGAAUUAUUUUGGUUACUUCCAUGUCAAAGAAAUUGGAAGGAAUGGUUUCCUGAAAACAUCCCAUAUGCUUUAAAAAUCUUACCACAUUUUAAACCUACUAACAUCAUUAUCGUUCAUUUUCUUAGAUGGUAUAAUGUUUAUGUGGAUGAACUUCGAAACAAAAUACUUGAGAUUCGUAGUCGUGACUUAUUCAUCCAAAACUUUUAG